AUGAGAGUCGACUGCGCCAAUGAGAAGUUGUUUUCGAAAUUUGUAAUCAUUCAACAGUGGCAAGAUAGUGGUUCAUUGAAUAUUGAUAGACAAUUUGAAUUUGCUGAACUGGAAGUUUAUGCGAAUGAUUGCUUGGUUAACAACGGUAACUGUGGUACAGCUCAUAGAUGUUAUUCAUUCAAAGUUGGGGCUGCAACGCUGACGGAAUGUGUUUGCAAGAGCGGGUACAUGAAGACCUACUACAACGAUGACUGCACUUCAUUCAUAUAUCCAGGUGCCGAAAAAUGUCCCGACAACAAACUCGUUUGCAAAAAACCAUCAGAAAUAUGCGCUAGUAUGAACGGUUCCUACGUUUGCCAGUGUUCAUCCGGGUACGAACGAAUUAACAAUGUUUGCUCUGUUCCAAUUGAAAGACAAGUUAUGAUAGCUUUCGUCGUGAUAGCGGGCGUGUUUCUCUUGGCAAACAUCUCAUUGAUCAUUUACAUUUGUUACAAAACACGUCAAUUGAUGAAGGCGAACGACGACGCCGACAAUGUGGAUUACGACUACACUGGGCCCAACUUCAACGAUGCCACCUGGACGAGAGAUCAAAAAAUCAUAUCUAGUAAAAGAGAUACCAUGAUUAGUAAUAGCACGUAA